AUGGCCCUCCAGAUCGUCCCCAUGACCAAACAGGACAUUCCUGAGGCCGUAGAAUGCGUCCAAACGGCGUUUGCCGACGAUCCGUAUUUCCACUGGCUAUUCGAUUCUUCCGAACGGAACGCCGCCUCCCUCGCCGCCCACUUCCAAUACGGUCUGAACUGCAACACCCCGAUGUACGUCGCCAAGGUCCCUAUCAGCGAUAAACACCCUCGGUCAAUCGUCGGCGUCAGCUGGUGGUUCUCCCCCCAACCGGCCUCCAAGGGCGUAUCUUGGUCCGUCUGGGCCCAGGACUGGCUCCUCUCCUUCCGCCAAUUCCUCUUCAACGUCCGCUUCGGCGGACGCGGUGGCCUCAACCUCCACCGCUACAAAAUGUGGAAGGAGAUGCAGCGGAAAACCCACGAUGUAGUCUGGACCGACCCGCGCGGGUAUUACUUCUGUAAUGUCUUGGCUGUGAGCUCGGAAAUGCGCGGGAUGGGGCUGGGCCGGAAGCUGGUGGAGGUUGUCACGCAGCAGGCGGACCGGGAUGGCAUGCCAUGUUAUUUAGAGAGCUCGAAGGGAGUUCCGAAUAUCAUUAUUUACGAGAAACUGGGUUUUAACUUGGUUACGGAGAUUGAUUGUGUGGAUGGGAAUGAUGCUUGCAAGCUGUAUUGUAUGGUUCGGAAGCCGAAGACCAAGGCCUGA